GCCCCGCCCCCACUUGACUAGACAAUUAAACCACGCUAUCUUGUGUGCGCGUGGUUUCCAGAAAUAGCCGGGGGGUCGGGGGCGGUUGCCCGUCCGAACUAGUGAACAGCAAGAAAAAAAAAAGGCUGGAAGAAGCGCAGUUGGAUCAGAACCACAGGGAACUGCACUGAGUGGACCGCGCGCUCCCGUCCUGCUUGUGCUGUCAAGAUGGUUCCGGUGACGGUCCUGUUUGAGCUGCGCUGUCAGCAAGAGGAGAUGAAGAUGAUGAAGAAGAGAAGAGCUGUCGCGCGAAGAUGCUGAGCCGCCGCCGCCGGGGCCUUUCCGGUCCGCUGCUGGUGCUGCUCGGAGCGGCGGGCUGCCUCUUCUACCAGAGCCUCACGGGCCAGCGGAACCGGCUCCGGUCCGGCCAGCCGCCGGACCUCCUGACAGAGGACACCCGGAACUUGGUGAAAGUACUGGAAAGUCUGCAGAUGUCCGGCAGGACGAGCGGGCGGCGCCGGGCCUUGGUUCUGAUGGGUUCACACCCACGCGCUGACACCGAGGUGCAGCUGUACGGCAGAGUUCUGCGCGACUUGGACUUUGAGGUCCAGGAGUCCGCCUGCCUCGAGACCAGCGGCUUCCUGCGGCACGAUCAAGGGGGAGGUGCGUGGAGCCUGCUGCUGUGUUUGAGCUCGUCAGAGAGAAGUUGUCUGCGGAAGGUCGCGUUCUCGCACCUCAGGUCGCACCAGAGGGUCAACCUGCUGCCAGGCCUGGUGGAGGCGCUGUCUGUGUCAGCGCUGUGUCAGCUGACAGCACGUGGAUUACCCAACAUGCCUCCUGCUUGUGGCCACGUCCACCAGAACCAGACUUUCCCCCAGGGCCCCGUCAGAGAUGGCAGUGCGUCCGCCGUGGAAGCAGGCCCGGUGGGCGUGGUGAACGCAUACGUCAUAGUGACUUCCGUAAGGCCGCUGACAGCCUUCCUGCAUGACGUUGCCGUGGUGACAGCCAAUCAGAUGUCAAGGGCUACACAGCUCGGCAGCUUCCUCUCGCCAAAGGCUUUGGGGCAAACCAAGAGGGUCAUAGGUCAGAUGCUAAAGGCUGCAGUGUCAGCCAAUGAGAAGGCUGAAAAGCUGACCAGGUGUGUGUUGUGUUACCAGCUGCUCACCUUCACGCUACACGUCAGCGGCUCCAUCACGCCGCUCGUCACACAGGUGGAAGCUGGCUUGACGUUUUCGGCUCUCAGCGACCAGGAGUUUGACAGACAGGUCACCAGAGACCUGAUCCUGGAGGACACGCUUCACUUCCUGUUGUCCUCAGAGACGCAUUCAGAUGAUGAGCAGCGUGAUGUCUUCACAGAGGCGAGCGGCGUCAAGAUCUCUGCGGAUGAGUUUCUUCUUCUGCGGGACUUUCAUGGUCACAUGACGGCGCCGUCAUCCUUCCAGAUGGUGUGUCCCAGCAUGUCCACGUCCUGCGGUGCAACCGCUCUGUCUGAUGUGCUGCUUGCCGUGGCUCGCCAUUACGUUGUCGGCAGGGGCGGCCAAUCACACGCAUCGGCCAGUCGGAGCGCAGGUUCAUGUGUGGACGCCCGUCUCCGACAGAUCUACUCCGACCCCCCCCUCACCCUCAGCCCCCCCUUCAACCCCCACGUGAAGGAGUACCAUGCAGACGUGACCUUUGACACGCUGAUGAUUCGGGUCCGCGCGGAGCCCGCUGGCACCGCCUGCAGCGUCCACGUGGACGAGCGGCAAGGGCCCAGGGUGUCCACCGUCUCCGUCGGCCUGGGAAGCAACCGCAUCAGCAUCCUGGUUGCGGAUGGCGGCGAGACAGCGUUGGCGGUCUACACCGUGCACGUGUUCCGCGAGGCCCGCCCCAGCCUGCCCAUGUUUGGAGAUCAUGUGACCUGCGGCUACGUACAAGAUUGUGGACUCGUGGUUCUUCCGGGUCGUUCCUGUGGUCUGGAACCCUUUUCCACACCAGCCGGUCCACUUCCGGCCUGCACUUCCGGGCAAGUUGCAGGUCGCUGGCUGGUUCCGUGCCUCAGCUGUUCUGACACCAGGACGUGUGAUUGGCGGGAGGUUGCCUGGCAACCAGACGGCUGUUCCCAUCCAGUGGUGGAGCGCCCCCUGCUGCAGGAGUGUAUGACACGUAGGAAGGUGUUGUUCCUCGGUGACUCGACCAAUCGGGGCAUGAUGUACUUCCUGCUGGAGCGUCUCAACUCCAGCUUGGUGGACUGGGUCAAGGCCCAUGACACGCUGGUCUACAAGAACCUGAACCACGGUCGCACGUGGGUCAGCUACUCGUAUUAUCCUCAGUUCUGGUUGGACCACAUGCAUCGGCCCACGUUCAAGCAGGCGCUGACCUGGCUGCUGCGCAGGUCAGGACCUCUGGUGAACUCUAACCUGACUGUGUUGGUGGUGGGCGGAGUCCAGUGGCUCAACACCAAGCACCUGCAGACAGUCCGAGAGGUUCUGGACAGGUGAGCCGUUCCAAUACUGUCCUGGAGAAGCCGCGUCACUCAGGUGUCCUCAAUUGUCCUCAGCGAGUCCCUCAGUGGAGUCCAAGUGGUGGUCAAGUCUUUGGGGAUGGGCUUCCAUCUUCCUGUGGACGGGAUUCGAUCUCGCAGUCCGAAGGAGAUCCAACAGCUGUCCAAAGAGAACCAGGACAUUAUUUCCGCAGCAAAGCAUCAUGGCUUUGA